AUGGCAGAUGCAGAAGAUAUUGCCCCUGGUACAGCUAGAGCAAAUCAAAUUUUGAAAAGUCCCACCUCGGAGAUCUCAGCUCACUUGGAGAAUGCGCAGAUUCUGUUGGUCGCAUUUCAUUCAAUGAUGGGGACCUUCAUGGCAGCCGGCAUCAUCCCCGCUUACAACGCCUUCGCGGAGCAGUACAAUGUCACAGUACCAGAUGCCAUUUAUUUGACCUCAUCCCAGAUUCUCAUUUUCGGCAUAUCUCCCCUGAUAUGGAACCCCGUCAUCGCUGUCUACGGUCGAUACCACGUCGCGCUCCUUUCGGUCCUGGGAAGCAUGAUCAGCUCUCAUUCUCUCAAAGCUCUGGACUUCGUUGCACCAUUUUCUCUGGCGAAACAUCCACGCAUCUUGAUAAUAGCAUGUGCACAUGCUAUUACCUUCUGCUAUGGGAAUAUUGCAGUGAUUGUUGAGAUGCCUCUCGCGUUUGGCGAGAAGUUUCACUUCGACGCUCAACAGAUUGGACUGCAAUUCAUCGCUAUUAUCAUCGGCUGUGUGUUAGGUGAACAAGUUGGUGGACCUAUGAGUGAUUGGUUCUUAAAACGCAUUCGCGAAUCUAGGGGCAAGUCGUGUCUCGCCAAUCGUCUGUGGUUGUCCUACAUUGCAUUUGCCACAAUCUUCGCCGGUAUUUUGACCUGGGGUUUCCAGCUACAACGUGUAACCACAUGGAGCGUCACACCCUGUCUUGGUGCUGCCAUUGCAAGCUUCGGUAAUCAGAUGCAAACGAGAAAUUCUCAUAACAUCUGCCGUGGAAAGCAGACAAGAACAGGCCAGUCAGGUUCGUAUGCUGGAGCCUUUUACUUCCCGAAUAUGUUCUCUGCCUUGAGCUUUGGUGGAGCCGCCGGUGUCAUGGUUGCGAUUAUUGGUGGAUGUGCCUUGGUUCCAGUCAUUGCAGUCCAAUUUGUUUCGACUCGUGCGGAGAAGCGCUAG